AUGAUGCUCGGGUUCGAAUCGGUUUCUGAGUUUACAGUCUACAUCACCUUUAUAUUCUUCGGAAUGUCGGCGGUGGUGGUGACAACUUCCAUAUUUUCGAUUCCAUUCUUUUUUAUCGAGUACUACAAGUAUGCGCAGGGGGAUCCCAAUGCAGAGGCGGAGGAUCAAAGGUUUUGGAAUAACGUCUUCACGUACUACAAUGCCACGACGUUCCUUGUGGAGUUCCUUCUGACUUUAUUCAUGCUGACAAAUCUUGGAAGGCGGAUCCCUCUGGCUGUUCGACUCGGUGCCGGUCUCAUCCUCUCAAUUUUGGCAGUUUUCGUCGUGAUAAUGGUCACCAUAAUAAAAACAACAGAAACCGGCGCCAAGGUAACGAUUAUGCUCGUCGGUGUGAUCAAUGGUGUUGCGGCAACACUUUGUGACACCGGAAACGGUGCCCUUAUUAGCCCGUUCCCUACAAAAUUUUUCAGCGCCGUUGUGUGGGGUGUCGCAGUUUGUGGUAUCAUCACAUCGUUCUUCUCUAUCGUAAUAAAAGCAUCUAUGGAGAGCAACUACGAAAGCAUGUUGACACAGUCCCGAAUUUUCUUUGGCUUGGUUGUCCUUCUUGAAGUGGUUUCCUGCAUCCUCUUGGUGCUUCUGAGGAAGAACCCAUACGCCAUGAAGUAUGCAGCAGAGUUUCGGUACGCCGCAAGGGAAAGGACCAAUGCUUGUGAAAACAAAGAAAGUGGCGCAUCAAAUGGCCCAGCAGAACAAGAUGAAGACUCCGUGGCGAUUGAUAAUAACACCACGAAAGGGAACGUGAUGACGGUCACCGUGGACCCCGACACCAUGAAGGACACGGACCAAGUGGAAGACAUUACAAACUCGCAGCAAAUGCUGAAGGCGAAGGUAUCUGUGGUGCUGAAGCGCGUCUGGCCCAUGCUGGCGGCGGGUUUCCUCGCCUUCUCCACCACAUUUCUCGUCUACCCUGGUGUAUUCUUCGCCGUCAAAACCGAUGUGCCAAACGGUUGGUAUAUGACUAUUACUGCGGCGAUGUUUCAUUUCGGUGACUUCCUAUCGCGCCUCCUCCUUCAGUUCAAGCGGCUGCAGCCUUCACCACGUUAUGUUGUGGUUGGGACAUUUGCACGUGUCUUUCUUAUAAUUCCUCUUGUUUUCUGUGUGCGCGGUAUCAUUGGUGGCACUCUUCUCCCUUACAUUCUUUCAUUUCUUUGGGGCCUCACGUACGGAUAUUUUGGCGGGAUGGCGCUAAUACACACGCCACGCACCGGUUCACUGACAGCAGCUGGUGAACGCUCUCUUGCUGCCAAUUGUGCCGUCAUUGCGAUUCUGUGCGGUCUUUUCUCCGGCUCCAUGCUCGCGCUUGCCGUCAAGGAGGGACUUCCUCAAUAG